CGAUUGACACUCGAUGACGAAAAACUGCGGGCCAGCUGUCACGGCGCGCGAAAUAUCAAAUUGUCUAAUCGGUGUGUGACGUUAGGGAACAGGCGGGAGGAAGAGAAGCAGUCCGGUUAAAGUCUUUAUAAAUGUGCUUUACAAGUCUAAAAUAGCCUUUGUCACGCAGACAUUUGCUUCUCCGAGUCAGUUGUGGCUGCCGGGAAUCGACGAAGCGUCUGUUUCCGCUGGUUUAUUUCACAAAAGAGCGAAAACUAGACGGCGGACAAAGAUGAGCCUGGUCGUCUCUCAACAACAGACUGAGGGUCUCCCGGGUGUGGUCCCAACGGCCCCAGAGAGUGAUUCAGACAGCGGGAUGGGCUCUCCAGAGGAGGAGAUGGUGUUGGAGGCAGCCAACAAAAGAGUGGAGCUUCCAGAUUCCGAAGACGAUGAAGACAUCAUUGUUCACAGAAAGCCUCAUCGUAAUGCCAUAAGAGACAGUGAGAGUGAGGAAGAGGAGGCUGCUGGGGACAACGGUGUAAACAUGGCCGAAGCCUUAGUCUUAUCUGCUUCCAGCGGAGAGGAGAUGGAGACUGAAAAGGCAGAAAAGAAGGGUGAUAGGAAAGAGAAAGGGGCCCAGAAGAGCAAGAGAAUUAUCCGUGCUCCCAUUGACAGUGAAGACAGUGAGCCCGAGCAAGAGAAAGGUGGAGAAAUGGAGGAGGAACAAAAGAAGGAGGUGAGGAAGGAAGCAAAAUCGAUGAAGGAACAUAAGAAGAGUCAGAGGCACAGGGAGAAAAAGGAAAAGGGCAGCAAGGCGGUGGAAAAACUGAAGAAGAAGGAGCGGUUCUCUGAAAUAAAUGAGAACGCACCUCUCCCUCGGGUUCUGAACGAUAGUGGCUGUCUGCUGGGCGACACGGAUCUGUUUGACACGGGGCUGGACGAUGAUGAGGAGGAAGAGUCUCUGGAGGCCAUCAGAGCUGCUGUCAAGCAAAAAAUGAAAAAACAAAAGGAUCCUCUCCUGGGUGAUGAAGAGGAGGAAGAUGAAGAUGAAACGGAGAAACCUCAGCGUGUGGAGAGGAAAGCCGCACGUGCCAGCAGAGAUGCGAUGAAGCAGCUCCACAGCGAGUCCCAGAGGCUGGUCCGAGAGUCUACGCUUGGCCUCCCCUAUCACAUCCCUGAGCCCAAGACCAUCGACCAGUUCUUCAAGAAGAGGGCCAGGCCAGAGGGUCCCGCCAUGAGACUGUUAAAAUCUACCAAAUUUUCAGCCAGGAUGUUGGAGACGCCAUCAGCUCCUCCUCCUCCCCCCAUCAUCGCACCCAGUGAGCAGCCACCCACAGAGCAGGACUCUCCUCCGUCUCUCGAUAUGUCGUCCACUCAGAUCCAGUCCAUCCCUCAUCCUGCCGCCACCUCGUCCCCGCAGCAGGAGAGCCUCAGCCCAGCCAGAGAGGCAGCAGCGAGCCUCGACCCCGACCAGGACUCUGGACCCAUGCUGUACCUCUCUGAGAGUCUGCAGGAGUCGGAGGGAACAGAUGCACAGAGACGCGCCUCUGAUUCUGGGGAAGCUUGUCCUGCAGAGCAAAGCCAGAAUGCGGUGAUGUCCGACGCCCCUCAGAGAGAGUCUGGGGCUGUGGUGGAGCCUUCAAACGCUCAGUGUGCUGAUUCUGCUGUUAAAGGGCCUUCAGUGCAGCAACCCACCAAACCCAAGAAGGACAAAUUUGCCUUAUUGAAGAAGUUCGGACUGAACCCUCCACCCGUCGCUAAGCUGUGUGCAGAUGAAGGAGCCUUUGUUCAGCUCGAGCCUCCACAGCUCAACUCUGGGGUUGAGGCACUGAAGGAGCGUUACUUUCGUCACUCCCAAAAGCACGUACGGCCUCAAGGAGAACGAACGAUGCAGCUCACCAUCGUCCGCAAAGACAGCGCCCCCUCUGGACAGGAGGAGCUGCACACCGAGUCGCUCACUGUCACCGUUAAGGAGGGAGCAGAGGAGCCUCCGACCACCAAACCAGGGGAGAAGCUGCUGACUCUGAAGCAGCGCCUGCAGCUCGCCAUGGCCCAGAGGAGACAGGAGGACAGGGAACGCAAGGCUGAGCUGAAUCGCCUCGACAAUGAGGACUGUGGAGAGGAUGAAGAAGAAGAGGAGGAAGAAGAGAUGACGGAUGAGUCUGAGGCAGAAGAGAAUGUAGAUGAUUUACUGGGAGGGGAUGAUGGUGAGGAAGAAGAGAAGGAACAUGAAGACGAGGAAGGCAGUGUGACCCGGAGUAUUAGAAGUCUGUCUCCUGUGGCUCUGAAUGGACCAUCGCCGGUUCCUGACAUGAUGAACAGGGACUGCACACUCCUGCUGUUCCCCGGGAACUCCUGCUCUCGCACAGGCGAUGGUGUAAGAAGGUCUGGUCCUUUUGGGCAGAACAGCUGCAGCAAUAAGAUGGAGGACGAAGACUCUCUGUCCCUGGUGAAGGACAACAGCAACAACAGCAGCUUUGAGCUGGCUGGCUCCAUGAUCACCUCGUACCAGCCGAUCAGCUAUCAGCGCUCUGCAGGGAAAAGCAUCUCCAACUCCUCCAUUUUCCGCUCCCCCACUCGAUGCUCCUUCAGGCCCAGCUUCCUCGGCUCUGCCUCUAGGAGUUCAGGCAAACUCUCUGAGCCCUCCCUCUCCCUCACUGUUGAGGACUCCCAGGACUCGUAUGCCCCUCCGUCCCCAGGAGCCGACUCGGAGCCCCACGGCAGAGCGGCUUCGGGCCCCGGAGGAGACUCCCGGGGUCGCUUCUCCCUGGAGGAGGACACCCAGGAGCAAUUACUGGAUGCAGACGGCUUCCUGAACGUGGGCCGCGGCCCGGUGCCCCCCCGCUCCCACAAGAGACAGUUGAUCCUGGGCAGCCUGGAUGAAAACGCCAUGGACGCUAACAUGGGGGAGCUGAUGAGCAUGUGCUCGGGAGUUUUCGCAACGGCAGACUGCGGCUCCAGCAGGGCUGAGGGCCUCGGAGCCACGCAGGAGGGAGAGCUGCUCGGGAUGUGCUCCGGAGCGUUCCCACCAACGCAGGCAGGAGAGCACAGAAGGGGACGUGACCACGAUGAAGAGUCUGACAACACCAUGGAUCAGCUGCUGGGGCUCUGCUCAGGGAAAUUCCCCAGUCAAGGUUCUGCUCGCACGGCUUCGCCAGCACAAGACAGUAAAAAGAAUCCAGAUGAAGGAGAGGAGGAGGAAGAGGAUGAGGACUGCGAGUUCCGGCUUCUGUCGGAUGUGGAAAGUCACAGCGAACAGGAGGAUGAUGGUGGAGCGGAUGAUGAUGAUGAUGAUGUAGAAGAGGAGGAGAUGCAAGCUGUCUUCGCACCACUCAGAGUCAAGAAGAAGAAGAAGAAAAUGCAUAUGGCCGACUACCUGGAGGCAGAGGCCGAGCUGUCCGGCAGCGACAUGGACAGUGAAGAUGAGGACGGCGACGGAGGAAGCGAAUACGAGGAAGAGGAGCUUCUCGAGGAUCUUCCCUCUGAUGAAGAGCUGCAGGACCAGGUCAACAAGAUCCACAUGAAGCAGAUCAUGGAUGAUGACAAGCGCCAGCUGAGGAUCUACCAGGAGCGCUACCUCGCUGACGGCGACCUUCACUCCGACGGCCCCGGACGAGCUCGCCAGUUCCGCUGGAAAAACAUGGACGAUGGUUUCAACAUUGACAGGACGGGAGCAGAGGGGGAGGGAGGGGAGGAUGAUGAGGAUGAGGUGGACCCAGCUGAGAUCCAGAGGAGGAAGGACAGGCUGGAGAAAGAGCAGUGGCUCAGAGAACAGUCUGAGCAGAAAGCCAAGAAAGGGGAGGAUUUGGAUGCAGACGAUGAGAAGAUUGGAGAACAAGAAGACAGUCAGUUUAUGAAGCUGGCCAAGAAAGUGACUGCCAAGACUCUGCAGAGGAAAGAGCCCACUGAGGCAUCACAACCAACGAAGAAGACGACAUCAGCUCUGAACCCCUUCCAGAGACUCUCGCAGCCCUCACAGGUAAAGAGAGGGUCCCUGCUGAGUCAGCCCCAGUCCGUCCUCCAGAAGCUGGCAUGCAUCUCAGACGGGAAUCCUCUGGCUCCCAGAAACAGCCGAGGAUUCCUGUUCCAAACUCUGUCUCCCGAGAAGGACAAGUCCACCUCCAACGCUGCCAACAAAAAGGUGACGAAGAAGCGGAGGCCGGUGGAAGCGGUGACCCCCACAGCCAAGAGGCCCUGCAGAGAGAACAGACCUGCAGCACAGACCAAAGCCCCCCAGAGGAGCAUCUUCAGCUUCCUGGACCACUGAGGGAGCGACACUAACUGAGAGCCGUCGGAUAAAGACCAGAACUGACCAGCCACAUCCAGUAUUUCACAAGCCAUUAAGAUUUCAAAAAUGAACAAUGGUUAAAUGGUGGUUGCGUGCAAAGCUGGUGGACAUCCUCUUAAUGAAACACAAAGACAGAGGAUUGUGUUUCACAUGUUUACAUUGCUUUAAAACGGCAAACUAAAGCACACCACUGAGGCAUCUCUUGAUGUUGUACUUCUUACACACACACACACACACACACACUUGCUGUCCGGUUCGUGUGUGUGAAUUUUAAAUCCAUUAUCAGAAGCGUGCAUCGGUCACACCUUUCUUGACUUGGACUUUCUGAUGGAGGUCCGAUUUGAAUUGAUUUAUCAUGUAAAUAGGAUUGAUUUGUUUUUUUAGCGAGCUUUUGUAUGAUGGUUUAAAUGUAUUUGUUUUACAUUGUAAAUAAAAUUGUAUUUUAAGA